GAAGAGAAACAGAGGGAGGCGACACAAGUCAGACCGGCUCGAGCAGGGGAAUGUGCCGGAUUCCGCUGCGCACACACCCGGGCUGUCCCGCACUGAGAGCUCCACUGCGUUAACGGGAGACGACACAGGGCUGAUACUGAGGCGGCGGGACCAGGACCGGAGAGGGACAGUAAAAAAAAAAAAGAGUCACCUGGGUGCGGAGGAAAUUAGAGAGGGAGGGGAGUGGAGGAGGGCGGGAGGUGUACCCGCCUCACAGAGCCUUGUUCUGGGGGUAACGCCACUGCUUGCGCGCAACGGAGAGUCAGCGCAAAGUUUCCUCGAUGGCGCUGGUGAUGGAGCCAGUGAGCAAAUGGAGCACGAGCCAGGUGGUGGACUGGAUGAAAGGUCUGGAUGACUGCUUGCAGCAGUAUGUGUGUGUCUUUGAGCGCGGAGGUGUUUGUGGGGAGCGGCUGCUGCGGAUUAGCCACGCCGAACUUGAGGAGCUGGGAGUCUCUCGCAUCGGACACCAGGAGCUCAUUCUGGAGGCCGUCGACUUGCUCUGUGCCCUGAACUCAGGGCUGGAGACAGAGAGCGUCAGGACUCUGGCUCACAAGCUCGGCGCCUCGGCCAAGAACCUGCAGAACUUCAUUUCCGGCCGCCGCCGGAGCAGCCAAUCGGAGAGCAGGAGCUCGCGGCGCCUCCCCAAUGAUCUGCUGACCUCUGUGGUCGACCUCAUCACCGCCGCCAAGAGCCUGCUGGCCUGGCUGGACAGGUCUCCCUUUGCUGCAGUGGCAGACUACUCAGUAACCCGAAAUAAUGUCAUUCAGCUCUGCCUGGAGCUCACCACCAUUGUACAGCAGGACUGUACGGUGUUUGAGACGGAGAACAAAAUCCUUCAUGUGUGUAAGACUCUGUCGGAGGUGUGCGAGCACAUUGUGUGUGUGUCAUCGGACCCGCUGGUUUCGCAGUCGGCCCACCUCGAGCUGGUUCACCUCACCAACAUCAAGCCCUCUGAAGGCCUGGGAAUGUACAUAAAGUCAACCUACGAUGGACUCCAUGUUAUCACAGGAACCACAGAAGGGUCUCCGGCUGACCGCUGUAAGAAGAUCCAUGCAGGAGAUGAAGUCAUUCAAGUCAAUCAUCAGACCGUGGUGGGCUGGCAGUUGCGUAACCUGGUCGGCUCGCUGCGGGCCGAUAAAGGCGUCGUGUCCCUGACCCUGAAGAAGCGUCCACAGAGCACCCUCAGCUCUGCCCCUGCGCUGCUGAAGAACAUGCGCUGGAAACCCCUGGCUUUGCAGCCGACCAGAAGCCCAGGCAGCAGUUCAGCCACGCCUUCAGGCACACCCACCAAGAACUCCGCCCUCCAGGACCUUUACAUCCCCCCUCCACCUGCUGAGCCAUAUGCACCCAGAGAUGAGACAGGAGCCUUGUCUGGUGAUGAAGCAUCUCGUAACCAUGGUGGCGUCAGCGCUGCUAAGCGCUCUGAGUCACCGAACUCCUUCCUGGAUCAAGAGUCUCGCCGGCGAGAAGAGGAGGAGCCCGUGUACUGCACCACGCCCACAUACGGCAGGCUGAGGCCCAUCUCCAUGCCUGUGGAGUGUAACUGGGUGGGUGAUUAUGAAGACCCAGCCAAGCUUAACAGAGAAAGCCGCAGAGAAGCCUCGCUUAUGCGUUAUGUGGGACUGUCCGGCGGAGACGAACGGACCAGCGGUGAAGACUACUCCUCCCACACAGCUCGUCCAGGCAAACGGUCCAAUGAUACGGCCAAACGUGCCAAGAGGCGGAGCCACCACAGUCAAAGCCCCUCCCAUUAUGUCCUUCAGACAAAUCAGAGAGAGUCGCCUCCCAGGGACCCAGCCUCCAUUUAUCAUACAUACCAACAGUCCUCCUCCUCCUCCUCUCUGCAGUCAAAGAACAGGAAGAAGAAUAAAGGGCGAAGUUUGGCCUCGCUGAGUCGGAGGCGUGUUUCCUGCAAGGCGCUGGGCAGAGGAGACUGCGAGGGUUGGCUGUGGAGAAAGAGAGAUGCAAAGGGUUACUUUUCUCAAAAAUGGAAGAAGUACUGGUUUGUUCUGAAAGACAACUGCCUGUACUGGUACAUCAAUGAAGAGGAUGAAAAAGCCGAAGGUUUUGUCAGUCUUCCAGAAUUUAAGAUCGAUCGAGCCAGUGAAUGCCGCAAGAAGUAUGCUUUCAAAGCUUGCCACCCCAAGGUCAAGAGUUUCUACUUUGCAGCAGAUGGAGUGGAUGACAUGAACAGGUGGCUGAGUCGCCUCAACAUGGCUGCUGUAGGCUAUGCAGAGCGAGAGAGAAUACGCCAGGAGCAGGAUUACUGGAGUGAAAGUGAACAUGAGGAUGACGCUGCCUCCAGCCCCAAACAGGACAGUCCCCCACCUCCAUAUGACACCUACCCACGGCCUCCAUCAAUGAGCGCCUACUUGGAAGGAGGUCGGACCACUCGGCUUUCUUCCACAGAGACGUCUCGCUCUCGCUCAUCCCAAGAGGACUUCCUUUGUGGCGAGCCCCCUGCUGCAGCUGCAGAGCCGCAGUACCACCCUGGUCCUCUUGGGGGAGGCACCACACACAGUGGCAGAAAAGCAGGGGGUAGCAACAGCAGCGACGUACAGUACAGAUGUGAUCCUGUAGAGUACCGCUCCAGUCCUGCUGGGGGCAGUAGUGAGACAGGGUCCCCAGGCCGCUCUUCAUCGUCGCAGAGACGCUCUUGGCAGGACCUGAUUGAGACGCCAUUGACCGAGGCUGGACUGCACUACCUUCAAACUGGACCACUUGAGGACGCCGUCUUUGCUGAGCCAGGCCCAGGUGGUGGCUCAAUGAUGGCCGGAGCCGUUUACACUCUUCCUGCUCCGAGGAAUGUCCCGUUGCCCAUGGCAAUGCAGAGGCUGAUUCCUAUGGCAACCCAGGGAGGGAAACCCCGCAGCUUCACACUGCCACGAGACAGCAACCUCCACACGCUCCUCGCACCGCCUGCGAAAGAAGAACAGCAAACACACAACGGUGGCAGUGAAGGUGCCUCGCUGGGCGACCUGUUUCGUGCGUGCGAGCAGGGUGGGGUCUGUCCUCUGGGUCGGGGGUCGGAGUCCAAAGGUCAGUCAGAGUUCAGGCAGUCAUUUCUCCGAAGGGCCGCUGACCCUCAUCUCAACGAGCGCCUGCACCGCCUCCGCAUACUGACCUCCACGUUGAAGGACAGGGAGGGGGAGCUAGCGCUGAUUGACAGGCUGCUGGCCAAACCCCAGCUGUCGUCGGCAGAGUUCCAGGAGUGGAAGAGAGCCUAUCAGGACCUGUUCACUCAGGAGUCGAACUCGGCCGCCGAAUCAGAUCCUGGCCCGCCCCUCACCCCGUCGCUCUCUCACACGCACUCCUACAUUGAGACGCACGUCUGACGCGAAAAGCAAAAGCAACACACACGCUUAAAUUGCUCUCAUCACCUGAUUUUGGAUUGAGUUGAACAAAUUGCAGCUGAUGCUUUGAGGCAUCAGAGCUGCGAUCGGAGAAAUCUUAGUGACGAACUGAGUCGAGAGGCAAGAGUAGAGAUGUGCUUUGAGCAGCCGCCGUGUGACAAGUGCAACAUGACGUGUUUUUGCGGAGACCCUCGUGUCACAUCAGUCUUCGAGCUGAUUGGUCAUGCCACUCCAGCUGGCUCGAGGGUGGACACUAACACUGAUUCUUGAGUAUUAUAUGUUAGCUUUUGUGCUGCGUACCUAAAAUACUCUCCAUGGAAAACCAUAUAAAGAAGGAUCUUCAUCAUCUUCGUACAGACUUCUCAUCCAGUGGGAUUACAGAGUUGUAUCUUUCUCCAUCUUGCUUAUUGUGCCAUUUUCAUACUGACUGCACAGUGUCUCAUAGACGGUCUAAUAGCCACAUACGUUGUAUUCUUUCAAGCCUUAUACUUGAUGUCUAUGAUGAUAUUUACUGUACAGUGAGUGCUACAGUAGACAACAAUAAGCAAAGGUCUUUUUAAAAAAAACAAAAACAAAACACCAGUCUCAGUUUCUAUCUAGUUUUAGAGACUUUUGUUUGUGCUGGUUUGGUAGAUUUGUGUACUGUGCUGGGCUGGACCUGAAGCAUGCACACUCCUCCUGGAAUAGGACCCAUUUGAAGGAAAAAUCCACCCUCAAAUGCUUUUCUAACAACGCAUCAGGCAUCACAUGGUGUAGUUAGGAGCCCAUUAUCUGCUAUUGCUUUAUUAUUGAACUUCAUUUCACACUCCAAAAACACAGUAUGCCUUUGACAAACCGCCAUUUACUACUUUAUAACUUCGCAUAUGCACAUUAAAGCAGUGUGGUUUUUACAUUUGGAAAAAUAGAACACUAAAUGCAGUUAAAUCUGUUGUACAGACAUAUACAGGCAUAUAUAGAGACGGAAAACAGUUAUUCUUGUUGCUGUGAGAAUAAAGGCUUGCAAUGAUCAAGGGAGUUUUCAAGUUUCUUUUAAAAUUUUUACACAAUAGUAAAUAAAAUAGGGUCUUUUAACGAUACUUUUAUUAAUUGCAAAACAAAAACAGCUACUAGAAAUGUCUAAUGUUUCGUUUACGUUGUAUACAUAUUGAAAGCUGCAUUUUAAUGACAUGUAAACAAAUACUAGG